AUGGACUCCGGGAGGCACUUCCAGCACAGACAUGCCACCCACCUGACUCCCCUAGAGCGCCGUAUCAAUGCCGUCGGGGAGGCCCUGCGCCCCCUGGUCCCAUACGCCAUCCAGACGGCUGUGACCAUGGGCGCAUACUCCGCCGGCCUGGCCGCAGCGCAGACCCUGGGCAUGGCAGCGCGCGUGUCGUGCGCCACGCCGGUGCUGGGCCCCGUGGGCGGCCUGCUGGGGGUGGGCCUGGCCUCGGCGCUGGCCGGGCAGGCAUCCCUGCUCUGCCGCGAGUCGCUGCACGGAGGCGGCCGGGGCGGCACGCCCGGCCCGGCCGCCGCCCGCCCGGCCCGCCGCGGCUGGAGCGCGGAGACGCUGCUGGUGGACGCCGCGCUGGGCAUCGCGCUGUUCAAGCUCAUGGGCGGCAGGUUCCGCAGCGUCAUGCCCAGCGACCUCAGCCGCGUGGGCGCCAUUGCCCUGGAGUCCAUGCCCACGCGCGGCAUCGAGUACGCCAGCCGAGGGAAGCGGCGCGAGCUGUUCCGCUUCUUCAAGAGGCACGCUGUGGGGGGGGACGGGUGCCAUCACUGCGGAACGCGCCGCGGCGACGUCAUCGGCGAUCACAUGCCCCCCAACAAGCUGGUCCUGGACCGGGUGGAGGCCAUGCCCGCCGCGCUGCGCACGCUGCGCCGCCUGCCCUUCGUCAAGGAGGCCAGCGAGGCGCUGGGCGUGCACCUGGGGCCCACACCGCAGCGGUACUACCCGCAGUGCCAGCCCUGCGCCCUGAAGCAGGCAUCGGCAGUGAAGCACGGGAAGACGAGGCUGGUGUUCCACCAGAUACUGCAUUCGGGGGGGAGGUCCAGUGCCUGGCACUGGGCAGGCGUGGUGACCGGGCUGCGGCACCACAGCAGCGAGGCUGGGACGAGAGGGCAGCGACGGGCUGGAUCCUGGAAGGGGGGGCCAUGGUGA